CAAAACGAAAACGUAAACAACCGCAAGAUUUGCCUUCGUGUGCAGCAAACUUAGAAUUCCCCAACAAACAAGACCCUCGUCACCACAUUCGUCACGUUAGCAUAAUCUCCAGCCCAGUCUCCAAGUCGUCGAUUGCGCUUAGCUACAGAAGAAAGUCAAUCGCGUCGCGUCUUCACUCGCGUAUCGUUCGUUGCGCGUCUGAGUCAGUCAAGUGGUUGAAGAUACUAGUAAUUAACAUACGGAUUAGCCAUGAAUCAGGAAAUACGCAUCAAGACGAAGCACUUUUACGCGGUGCUAGUGAUAUUGGGCUUUUUGUUGAUCUAUAGUUUAAGCUCGAAUAAUGGCUGUGAUAGUGACGGACAGUCGUCGCCGAAUUCUGAAUUUGCGGCUGCCGGCGGACGAGAAGCAUUCUUGCUAAACCAAAAGGGACCAACCAUCUACGCCAUAACGCCGACGUACGCGCGGCCCGUACAGAAAGCUGAACUAACCAGACUAUCCCAGGUCAUUCGCCUCUCCCCGAACGUAUUCUGGGUGUUAGUUGAAGAUGCGGACCACGGCUCCGAACUGGUCGCGAACCUGCUCCGGCGGAGUGGCCUCGAGGAGCGAAGCGUUCAGUUGUUUGCGAAAACGCCCACCAAUUUUAAGCUCCAGGGCAAAGAUCCCAACUGGCUAAAGCCACGCGGCGUCGAGCAGCGCAACAAAGCACUGGACUGGGUACGUCGCGAGCUGGCGGCAAACGGUGGCCGUGAACGGCACAGUGUCGUCUACUUCAUGGACGACGACAACACGUACAGCUCAGAGCUGUUCGGCGAAAUGUCCAAGAUCGAGCGGAACAAGGUCGGCGUCUGGCCCGUCGGGCUCGUGGGUGGGCUAAUGGUGGAGAAACCGGUGCUAAACCGGGACGGAAUCGUGCUCGGGUUCAACAGUGCCUGGCGCCCGGAACGUCCCUUCCCGCUCGACAUGGCCGGCUUCGCCAUCAGUUCCGACUUGCUGCUGGACAACCCGCAGGCCCAGUUCAGCUACGAGGUCGAGCGUGGCUACCAGGAGAGUGAAAUCCUGCGCCAUUUGACGAUCGUGCACGAGAUGCAACCGCUGGCCAACAAGUGCACGGACGUGCUGGUGUGGCACACUCGCACCGAAAAUCCUAAGCUAGACGCGGAAAAGCCGUUGGUGAAGGCGGGAAAACGAUCGGACGCGGGGUUGGAGGUGUAAAUGUGACCAAUCGAUGAAAUUUUCUUCUUAGCGAGGCCUAACUAGAGUAGCAAUACGAUGUGAUCCAAGAUUUUUCUGCUUUCAAACGACUGCUUGAUUCUAUUCAAAUGAUGGAACAAAUUUUAAUCGAUCAAAUAAGAUUCAGUAUUACGAGAUAACGUAACUAUAAGAAGCAUUUUAGAACCUGACGGUAGCUGAGAACAACUGCAUACUUAAUUAUUCGGUCUUCCUAGUGUAGAAGGAUUCAUGAUCAUACCUUGGCAGCAGGUGCGACAGUAGCAUUUAAAUGUGUGUAAAUAGUGUAUUUAUUAUUCACGUUUCACUUGAAAUUCGGUUAGGAUUUUUGCUCAAACAACCAUCACUUCAAGUUAGAGUAGAACUAGAGAUAAACGUAAGAAUUUGAAGAAUUUCAACAAAAGUGCACAACAUUAUAAAUGACUAUGCAAUGCACGAUAGUGAUAAGUUUAAACUAUUUUCUCAUCAACCUUCCUGCUUCAAUCGAAGAUACGGUAGAACAAAUAUAAUGCCUUAAAUUAUAUGAACUCGUAGCGAUAGAUUGAUCAGACAAAUAUCCUUCUAAAGAACAAAUAAAGUCUAAAAUUAAUAAU